AUGGCCGCGUCGUCGUCCUCAUCCGAGUUUAUCGCGUCGCCUCCCAAGCCUCGCUUUCCGGGCGACAUGGACCCGCUGCGUAUGCAUCCUGUCGACAAGUUCAAGCCGCCUACUGCCAAGACGUUCCCGUUCUCGGUCUCCGGUCUCUGGAAGUCAAACGGCAACCUGAUGAGAUGGAUCACUGAGGUCCCCACUGUUCAUCAUGACAUGGGAUUUGAGCCUGCCACUUACCAGAAUGAGAAGCGCUCGGCCCUGAGGGCGCUGUUGAUGGCCAUGAUGGAGGUGAGCACCGCAGCAAGAAGACCAAACUGUCUUCUUCCGGGGACCACCACAAACCGGCCACAACUCGGCGACGCGAUCGCGUGUUACAAUCCUCGCACAAGGCUGCACGAAGAGUCUCGGGGCUCUUCAACUUCCCCCGAAGCCAUGAUCAGCCUGCUGGCCCUACCAUUCAGGGCAACGGAUCGAUCCUUGCCACUCCCUUGCCCAGGACCCCCCCCCCCCCCCCCCCCCCCCAAGAGACUGAGAUACGUCUUCGUCGGCGACACCAAGUGCGGCAAGACGUCCAUGCUGCUCCGCUUCUCUCGUGGUGCCUUUCCGGAGAUGUGGAACCAGACCCAGUACGAGCUCUUCAGCAAGAAUAUCGACGUCGAUGGCAAGGCCUACGACCUCGAGUUGUGGGACACCUCGGGCAUCUUCGAGUAUCAUCAACUGUCUCUUCUUAACUACCUCACUUGGGACGCCAUCUUCAUCUGCUUCAGUGUCAACAGCGACAGGAAGUUCAUCAAUGCCCAGAACAGAUGGGCCCUAGAGGUCAUGAAGUACUGCCGCGGUGGUGUUCCGGUGUUCCUCGUUGGGCUGAAGACGGAUACUCGACCUUACAGGGGCGUCUGGUCUCCCUUCAUCGAAGAAGUUGACACCCGUGGCAUGAUGGCAGCCCGGGAUAUGGGCGCGGUCAGGUACUUGGAAUGCUCUGCCAAGACUGGUGAAGGUGUCGACCAAGUUUUCGAGGAAAGCACCCGCAACGUCGAGAACAUUCGAGCAGGCAGGCCCGUGACGCGCGAGAAGGUCAGCAUUGGGCUUGGUGAUAUUCUGUGCAUGUGA